CGUGCGUCAGACAGAGUGAGAGAAGAAGCGUGGUGAGUUUGAGAGAGACGUGAUCGCUCCCUACGUAGAGACAACUUAAACUUUACCAGAUAACCGAGCCGCUGCAAAAAUGCUCGUGUUAUUUGAGACCGCCGCUGGUUAUGCGAUAUUCAAGGUCCUCGAUGAAUCCAAGCUGCAACAGGUCGACAGCCUGUACAAGGAGUUUGAAACUCCUGAAAAGGCGAACAAGAUUGUGAAGCUGAAGCACUUUGAGAAGUUUCAGGACACAACAGAGGCCUUAGCAGCUGCCACUGCCCUUGUUGAGGGAAAAAUUGGCAAGAGUUUGAAGAAAGCGCUGAAGAAGGUCGUUGCCAAGGAGGCUCAUGAGCAGCUGGCAAUCAGUGAUGCAAAACUCGGCGGAGUUAUCAAAGAAAAGCUGGACCUGAGCUGUGUCCACAACACCGCUGUGGCUGAACUGAUGAGAUGCAUCAGGAGCCAGAUGGAGAGUCUCAUCACUGGACUUCCACCCAGGGAGAUCAGCGCCAUGUCGUUGGGGUUGGCUCACAGUUUAUCACGCUACAAGCUGAAGUUCAGUCCAGACAAGGUGGACACUAUGAUUGUGCAGGCCAUUUCUCUUCUGGACGACCUGGACAAGGAGCUCAACAACUACAUUAUGCGCUGCAGGGAGUGGUACGGCUGGCACUUCCCUGAGCUCGGAAAAGUCGUCACAGACAACUUGGCUUACUGCAAAACCGUCCGCAAGAUUGGUGACCGCACGAACGUGUCCAGCUCUGAUCUGUCAGACCUCCUCCCAGAGGAAAUCGAGGCGGAGGUCAAACUGGCCGCUGAGAUCUCCAUGGGCACAGAAGUGUCGGAGCAGGACAUCGGAAACAUCAGGCACCUGUGUGAUCAGGUGAUUGAGAUUACAGACUACCGCGCUCAGCUCUACGACUACCUGAAGAACCGAAUGAUGGCGAUCGCCCCCAACCUGACAGUAAUGGUGGGCGAGCUGGUCGGCGCCCGUCUCAUCUCACAUGCCGGUUCUCUCCUGAAUCUGGCGAAGCAUCCAGCCUCCACAGUGCAGAUCCUUGGCGCAGAAAAGGCUCUGUUUAGAGCCCUGAAGACCCGCAAAGACACGCCCAAGUACGGUCUCAUAUACCACGCCUCUCUAGUGGGCCAGACCACUGCCAAGAACAAGGGCAAGAUCUCCAGGAUGCUGGCAGCUAAAGCGUCCCUGGCUAUUCGCUAUGACGCCCUGGGAGAGGACACGAACGCAGAAAUGGGAGCAGAGAACCGGGCCAAGCUGGAGGCCAGGCUGCGGCAGCUGGAGGAGAAGGGAAUCCGAAGAAUCAGCGGAACGGGCAAAGCAAUGGCAAAGUCGGACAAAUACCAGCACAAGAGUGAAGUAAGAAUGUACGAUCCAUCUGGCGAUUCAACUAUUCCCUCCACCUCGAAGAAAAGGAAGUUUGAGGAGGUAGAGGAGGAGGAGGAGGAGGAAGAGCCUGUAACGCCCGUGGUCAAAAUGAAAAAGCCCAAAAAGGAACCAGUAACAGAAGAGGAAGAAGCGGAAACAUCAGCAGCAGCGGAGGAAACUCCCAAGAAGAAAAAGAAGAAGAAGAAGGACAAGAAAGCAGAUGAUGAAGCUGAGGAACCUAAGGAGGAAGAGGAGGAGCUAGCAGUAACAGAGUCUUCGGAAAAGAAGAAAAAGAAGAAGAAAAAGAAGGUAAAGGAAGAGGAAGAAGACGACGACUGAAAAGAGAGCAGUGUGUGCGUGUGUGUAUAUAUUUUCUUUUAGUUUUUAUGUCAUUUUAGUUUUAUGUUUUACGCAUUUACAUCUAUUAAGGGUAAUACUGCAUUGUCUGUUUGUUGACAUCAGAAAAAGACUUCCUUGUUUAAGGACAAAAAAAUUAUAAUUGGCUCACGUUUUAUAACUGAGGUUUAUUACCAGUCAUGAAAUGAAUGAAUAAUGUAAAUCUUUUUUUUUUUUUUUUUUUUAAAGAUGUUUAAUGCGUUUGUAACCCAUGUUCCUCCUUUGACAGAGUUUAUGUUGAUCUUUAUUUGUGAACACAUCUGUAUCAGACAUGUAUCAAAAUCAAUGUACAGCAAUGAAUUGAUGACAUUUCCCAGUUCUCUUGUGACUGAUCUUUCUAUAGUCGGAGACUGUGAACAUCCGCCCUGGUGAAAUAAACAUUUUUUUGCUUAA